CAGCAGCUGGGCGGAAAAGGCGGGAGAAGACUGCCGCUUCCGCGUCCGCGCACAGACACAACACUAGGGCAAAAUGGACGAAAAGUUAAUAAUGGCUGUAUUUAGUCACCCAGAGCUCUUCAAUGUGACUUUACCGAAUUACCGCUGCACGGAAAGUCGCACAAAUGCUUGGAGAAUUAUCAGUAUGCAACUGGGUCUGCCAUCUGAGGACUGUAAAAGAAAAUGGAAGAACAUGAGAGACAGGUACUUGAAGGAAGUCCGAAUGGAGAUCAAGAGCAAGAAGCAAGGAGAGUUUGCGCACAGUAGAUGGAAAUACAGAGAGAUUAUGAACUUUAUCGCACCCUUUACCGGAUCAAGAAGUGGCGUAGCAGACACCAAUGACAAUGACCAUGACAACCCUGACGAGUCUGGCAGUGUUGAGGGAGAAACGCCAUCGUCUGAGGCGAUCAAGACUCUGCAGUCCGCCCUGAAGGUCAAUAUGAAUUCACCUGACCUCAAGCCCCCGGUGGCGUUCAUGUCACAGCUCCCGUUGAUGUCUCAAGAAGCACAGAUGGCCCAGCUGGCUGUUCUGGCAAAGAUGCCAUCGAGCCAACACGGUCCCUCCACCAGCAAAACUGGACGUAAACGGCGCCUGAUGCAAGAGUCGCUUCCACUGUCUUCUUCUUCUCAAACGGCACCCUCCCCUACAAAGUGGCUGGUCAAAGACAAUGGCACGAUGUUUCCAAACAGGCCGCGGGAUGAAGAUGAACUGUUCCUUCUGAGCUUUGUUCCCGCUCUGAAGAGACUUGCUCCACAGAAAAGGUGCGAGACAAAAAUAAAGAUCCAGCAGAUAAUGUAUGAAGCAGAGUUUAACAUUGCACAGCCUCAAGAGAAACAGUCGGAGCCAUCAGCGCAGGACUAAGCCAAAGGGACUACUUUUCAACUAAUACAGUUUUUCUAAAAAUCUAUUCUUCAAAAUAUCAAACUUGUUUUCACAGCACAAAGUGGUUAUUGUUUUUUUAACUGUAAAAUAAUUAACAACUAAUCAUUUACAAAUUUGCAAAUUGAGUUGUUGCCCUAUCACUGUGGUGUGUCUUGAUUUAUAUUUUUACUAGAGGAGUCAGGCCAAUGAGAGAAUUAAGCCCUAACAUCAAUUACGACAAAAGACAAACUGAUUUAACAAUUUUAUUUACAUAGCUUUACUGUCAAUAGAAUGAAUUCACAUUUUGAAAAGUGGUUUCAGGUUCAACCAGCAAUUCUUCAUUUUUAGUAAUAAUUCUGUAAUAAUCUACAGUAUUUUACAAUAAAUUACAGUGACAGAGAAAACCUAAAAAAUAAAGACAAUUUGAAGAGGAACACCAUUCCAUAAAUUUAUAUUUGAGCUGCUAACAUGCAUCCACACAUUUCUUAUUGUACCAAAAUAAAGAGAAAAGGCCUAACAUUGUUUUGACUCAACAGACUGUGUAGGAUUUGGUAAAUC